GCUGUUGUUUUCGUGGUGUUUUAUGAUGUUAAUAAAUAAAUAUACAAUUAUUGCGAACUAAUAACCUAUGUGUCGCGGUAAUCUCCAGUAAUUAGAAUUAGUGCAAUAUAUGUGUAGUAGUCAACAUUGAACUUUAGAAUUAGUCAUUAUUUAAAUGCUAACUUUGUGCAAUCUACCUGCAUCGUCGGGCAUAUUUUGUGAAUAAUUAUAGUGACGGGACAUUUAUGAUUUAUAAUUUUGUAUAGACUGAUGAGUAGCAAAUACGUUAUUAUGCGUAAUUUGGUCGCUUGUGGUUUGCAGUAAUUUUACGAAGACUUGAUAUACUAGAUCUAAUGAGGUGAAGUAGUCGCAACAAUGACGUCGUUUGCUAACAUGACUGCAUCGCUGGCGGCUAGCCUACCCACCACGUCGUCCGGUGCCACGAGUAGCGCGUCCGGACACGCGCCCGACCAGGAGGACCCCCUCGCCAUGACGCACAUCAUCUGCAACCUGCUCGAGAACAUGAAUAAGCCGGCCGGCCUGCAGCCCGCCGCAACCUCUGCCUCCUCCACCAUGCCCUACGACAUCUGGGCGCUGCCUUCCUGCAGCUCCCUGCAGAACCCCAUCGGCCCAGUCGCCCAGGACUACAACACCAAUAAUCAUAACAAUAACCAUCAAAACCAUUCCAAAGAAGACAACUCCAGCGGUUCGCCCGGAACCUCGCCCUCGGUAUCUAUAACUUGUUACCGUUGCGAGGCGCGUACGCCUACGACGCGCUGCCUCGAAUGUAAUGACCUAUUCUGUCACGAGUGUUGCCACAAGGUGACUUCCGAUUGCCAAUUGAGGGAGCACACUCUCCUGCCGAUACACCAAAUAUCGCCCAUCGGCGCUCGCCCCAACUCUGUUACGAAUGAAAAAGAAGUAAUGUAUUGUGAACUACACGGCGAGCCAGUCAAAUUCUACUGCGAAGCUUGCAUUGUUUUCAUCUGUCAGGAAUGCACGUUGUGGGUUCAUAAGGAUCACCUCCAUAGUCCGAUCAAAGGCGCAUUUGACGUGUGUCGUAUUGGAGUCUUCAGGGCCAUCGAGGAUACCAAAGCUGGCACUAAAGCUAUAAAAACUGCAAUUGAUCGGGCGGUUGCGAUGUCGAAAGCGUACGAAAAGGAAGCCGCGGAAGCUAAUUUAAAAAUUAGAAAAGCCAUGCGUUGUUACGCGCAGGCCAUAGAAGAUCGUGAAAAAUAUUUACUGGACAAAGUCGAAAAAAUGCGGCAAGCUAAAAUGACUGAACUGACUGACCACAUGAACACGCUUCGAGGCAUUCUCGCCGGUCUUGCGCACACCAACGAGACCUUGGUACGAAGUAUGGACUCCGAAGGCAUAGAUUUAUUCAUGGCGAAAGAAAAAGGUAGAGCUCAAGUAGACUAUUUUUCCUGUAUGUUUAAAAAUAUGUACAUAGCCGAAGAAAGAAUUAUGUUCGUGCCGCCUAACUACGAUUUGGUUGACCAAAUAAAGCGCCAAUGUGACGUCCAACCCACGCCAGCUGUGUCGAUGCAUUCUCUGACUUCGACGUCAUCGAUCCAAUCUCGCCAGUCGUUGAUGUCGCUGCAAUCGUUGCAAUCCGCUCAAUCAUUUUCACCCUUGUCUUAUCAUAUUUCGGCAUCUAAUAGCCUCAGAAAUGUACCAGAAUAUCCAAGCAAUCCCACGAGGUCCACCAAUUAUUAUGACCACAGCAUUUCAUCAAGUAUUGCCAUGGAUGCAAAUCCAGCACGCGGUAUCGGUCAAGCGAUUCCGGGAUACUGGAUGUCCGUAUCGGUGAGACCGACGAGGAGCCCCGUGCCCGGAGUCCCGAUGUUUUCUUUUGGCAAAGAAGGUCAAGACGAAGGACAGGUGUCGAGACCGUGGGGUCUGUGCGUAGACAGAGAAGGAAACAUUAUCGUUGCUGACAGACGAAAUAAUCGCAUUCAGAUAUUUAAUAAUCGCGGCGAAUUUAAAACUAUGUUCGGUGCUAAAGGCACGGGCCCUGGAGAAUUCGAUCUACCAGCAGGAAUUACCACAGACACCUACGGCCGGAUAAUUGUCAUCGAUAAGGAUAAUCAUAGAGUGCAAAUCUUUACAUCGGCCGGUAAUUUCAUUCUUAAGUUCGGCUCGUUCGGUAAGGAAUGUGGGCAAUUCCAAUAUCCCUGGGAUGUUGCUGUCAACACACUGGGUAAUAUCGUAGUCACCGACACGAGAAAUCAUCGCAUUCAACUGUUCACUAGCGACGGAACUUACAUCACCAAGUUCGUCUUUGAAGCCGCGAAUCCCGCAAAGCUUCUUAAAGGACCGACGACGCCAAGGGGCGUUUGUUUUACGACCAACGGCAAUAUUAUUGUCUCUGACUUUGAGAACCAUCGCCUCCUCAUGGUGGAUCCGACACUUUCGAAGGUUAUUCACUGCAUGGGACGAGAGGGGUCCGGCAUAGGGGAAUUGAAUCGUCCCUCGGGCAUAGUGACGGACGACGACGGACGCAUCAUAGUUGCGGAUUCUAAGAAUCACCGUGUGCUGGUGUUUACGUCUGAGCUGCGCAUCCUGUGGGCCGUGGACCUGAAGAGCCCAGGGCUAGACGACAAGGACCGGCCAAGCGACGUGGCGCUCACACCGGAGGGCUAUCUAGUGGUGCUGUUUGAGACGCUGCCGGACACCGCGCGCGACGUCACCUCGCACGGCAAGCAGUACAUCAAAGUUUACUGACGGAUAUAAUCGCCUCGCAGGCGGCCGACACCACGAGCCCUUGCGCUCACAAUGUUCUAAUUUUAUUUUGUUUUUGUUUAUUUGUGAUUGAUUUCAUGAUGUGCCAAUUUUAUUAUUAAUAUUUCGCAAAAAUCUGAAUGGAGCAUAGCUUGUACGGAGAAUCGAUGUUUGCUGAUAUUUUGUUAUGUUUUGCGCAAAUCAAUAAUAUGUCUUUUAAAUUCUUUUGAUGAAUGUUUCGUUACCAUAUUAUUUUGAUAUUUUCGUUUCCGUAUGACACUAGUCUGUAAGCACCAAACGAUAUAGUACCCCCUUACAAUAAUGUUGUAUCACAUAUAUUAUAAAUCUUAGCUUAUUGUGUACUGAACUGUAUCGGUCACAUUGUACUCUGUAAAACUCUAAAUAUAAUUCAUUCUAUAUCCCAUAUUACACAAUAUAUAGAUAACUAUUA